UGUCGAUAUGCAGGGAAAUUCUUCCUCAUCGACUUCGCCAAGACCAGUGGUGGGUAUGAACCCAUAGGAUUUCCUCUUCAAUUAUCCGAGGCAUCCCAUAUCCUUAAGAUGGUUCUCACCGGAGAGGGUAGACCGUCCUCGUCCUCCCCUCUUUCUGAUGAAGUCGUUUUCUUCGAAGACUCCGUGCUCAUGCAAACAAUUGCUAGUAUAAUCUCGUUUGCCACUAAAAGCUACGCAUACGUCAAAAACUACAACGACACAAAACACAAGGGCUACCACGCCAUAGUCGUAGCAACAGACGGCCCUCACAUCUGUGCCAAUCCAAUCCAACCUCUCUGCGUCCACAACCCCCAGGGCCCAGUUCUUACAUAUUCAGAGGAUCCAUCGAACGAGUACCUCAAAGACCUAACGGAAGCCUGCGAGCGAUAUAACGUGCAUAUCUUGCUCCUGAGCACGAAUAUAUUCGAUGGGCAAGCAUUCGACUCAAGUUUCUUCGAUCAACCGGCUUCCAUGCUGGCUCUCCCUUGCAAAGUAAACACCAAUAACCAAACCACCAAGACCCCAAUGCCCUCAAUUGGACCAUCUGCAUCCCCGUCCGAAACGGGGAAUGUCAGGCCUCUUUCGCCAGACGACUCAGGUACGGACGUACCUGGGUUCAACAGUUUUAUUAACCCGGCGUCACUUUCUGCGCCUCAGAAUAAUCAAGCCCCAGUCAAACCCGAGAAUAACGAAAUAACCGUGACCCUACGGGACAUCCUGCUCCACACCCCUGGGCAAUCACCUAAAGACGGUUCACCCCAUCCUCGGGAUGAGUGUACAACAUGCCCUGAAGGGGGCCCAGACAAGUGA